GCUCGCCCGACAGGGAUGAGUCAAGCUUUUAAUGAUCAAACGUCUGCCUGGAAGAAAGGCGAGGGAGCGGGAGGCACGGAGAGCUCCCCCCGCCGCUGCUGUUGUGUGUGCAUGAGCGAGCGGGUACAGGCGGACACCCCCCCGUUCCGGCCGGUCCCUCCCCUCCCGUCUGACAGAGCCUCAACACCCGCGAGGGGGAGGGAGGAGAGAGGAGGAGGAGGAGGCAGCCGCCGCCGCGAGUGCCAGUGCAGCGCACGGUUACUCUCCCGUACUCACUGCGGGGAGGUGGGGGAGGGCGGGCGCUGUGUACCUUUCUCUCCCGUGCCUUUCCUCACUUUAACAGGCCGGGGCCAAUCGCCAGCAGAAGGGAACAAAGGGAAGGGGGGAGGGAAGCCCACCCCGGCCGCACCAGAAAGCCCCCGGGGGAGGCAGAGCCUUGCGGCUCCCGCUGACAGCAGCGCGGCCGCGGACCGGGCGCCUGGCUCCGCGGCGGUGUUUCUUCUUUCUUCAUCGACCUUCUCCUCCUCCUCCUCGCCGAGCUUAAAGGGGGAGAGCAGCGUCCGGCGAAGGGAGAGAAACUUGGGUCGGUGCGUGGGGUGUCCGGCGAUCGGCUCGGUCCUCGCGAUCAAGAUGAAAAGUAAAAAAGGUGUAGUUGCAAUGUCAGGCAGUGAAACGGAGGAUGAUGACACUAUGGAUGUCCCGCUGGAUCUUUCCUCAUCUGCUGGCUCGGGCAAACGGCGGAGACGUGGCAACCUGCCCAAGGAAUCUGUGCAGAUUCUUCGGGACUGGCUCUAUGAGCACCGAUACAACGCUUAUCCUUCAGAGCAAGAAAAGGCCCUGUUAUCCCGACAAACACACCUUUCCACACUACAGGUCUGCAACUGGUUUAUCAAUGCACGCCGCAGGCUGUUACCUGACAUGCUGAGGAAGGAUGGCAAAGACCCAAAUCAGUUCACUAUCUCACGGCGAGGGACCAAGCUUCCCGAGGGCGGCCUGGUGGAGUCUGCCAUCAGCACAAAGAACUACAUUCCCCUGCUGGAGGAGACCGCCUUCCUUCCCGCCGCCGCACCGCUCGGCAAGACUGUGUCCUCUUCCAAGCCGGCCUCCCCGGGCUCGGUGCUGGCCCGGCCCUCGGUGAUCUGCCACACCACUGUGACUGCGUUGAAAGACGCCCCUUUCCACUUUUGCCAGCCGGCUGAUGUAGGCCACACCACGGACCUGCAGCAGCCCCCGGCUGGCGGCUUCACAGAUAACCCCCUCUCCUGCCACGAGGACGCAUCCAAACUGGGACCUGGUGCGAACACACAAAGCGGGCUCUUUAACACUCCUCCUCCAACACCACCAGACCUUAACCAGGAUUUUAGUGGAUUUCAGCUUCUGGUGGAUGUGGCACUCAAAAGGGCGGCAGAGAUGGAGUUGCAGGCAAAACUUAUGGCCUAAAUCCCCUUCCUUCUCCUUCCUCGUUUUGUUUUACCAGGCAGGGAUCUAACAGCUGUGUGGUUAUUGCCACCCACACGACAUCAAAAGACUUCACUGCAUUAUUAUUAUUUUUUUUUAUUAAUCUUAUUUGCACAAGGGGAUUGCUGAAAUGAAGCUUCCUGUCACUGAGAUGGUCUUCAGUGGAAUACGGUCAUUCCAAGAAUUAUAAACUUAAAGCUACUGUAGAAAGAAAGGAUUGUGUGUUUUGUUGGGAUUUUUUUUUAAUGUUUUCUUUGUAGAUUUUUCAUAAUGUGAGAUGUUUCCCAAGAUCAUGUGAUUUGUUUUGUUUCUUUCAGACUGUGCAAUAUCUAGUAAUGAUAUAGAGUCUUCUUAUCAUUCCCAUGUGGAACGGAAUAUACCGACACGCUGUCUAAAUUUUCAAUUUUUUUAACAAUACAAACUUUGGAUGAUCAUGCUUUUUUCCCAUAAUAUAAUAAAAUAUUUUCUUUAAAAGUGA